CUGAUAAACACGAUAAUACAAUUAAAAAAAAAAUACUCAAGAAAUUAUUAAAACGAAAUUAAUUGAAUAUGCAGUUAAUUAAAUAAGGACGGACAGAAACUAGGUGUAUACAGGGUAGGUGUAUAUUUUUUUUUUAUUUCGAAUAAUUGCGUGUACCACCCCCAAAGGUUUUUGCGCCGUUUUUGGUGUACAUCUAUUUUUAUCGAAAUCUCGAAUGGGAAGCGAGCCGGGCAAAACGCAAUCGCGUUUUCGAAAUGCGAUUUGAAGUUUUGAACGCGAGUGAAAUACGUCGGGCGUCGCGAUUGGACGGCGCUCGCGUUUUGCGUCAUUGGAGGGGGAGCUUUCGAAAGAUCUUCGCCGGUAGGAAAAUUCACAGUUGUUUGAAACCGCGACAAAGUGUUUAUAUCAGUUGAAGAUUUCAACCCGACAACACUACACCAAGAAGAGCCACCAUGGUAGACGCCGCCGUUUUGGACAAACUUGAAACCGGUUUCAAGAAAAUCAAGGACUCCGACUCCAAAUCGCUGCUGAAGAAGCACCUCACCCAGGAGAUCUUCGACAACUUGAAGACCAAGAAGACCCCCACUUUCGGCUCGACUCUUCUUGAUGUCAUCCAAUCCGGCUUGGAGAACCACGACUCCGGCGUAGGAAUCUACGCCCCCGACGCUGAAUCGUACACCGUAUUCGCGGACAUCUUCGAUCCCAUCAUCGAGGACUACCACGGCGGCUUCAAGAAGACCGACAAGCACCCGCCCAAGAACUGGGGCGACGUCAGCGUCUUCGGCGAUCUCGACCCCACCGGCGAAUACGUCGUCUCCACCCGCGUCAGAUGCGGCCGCUCCCUCGAGGGAUACCCCUUCAACCCCUGCUUGACCGAGGACCAGUACAAGGAGAUGGAGCAGAAGGUGUCCAGCACCCUCUCCGGGCUCGAAGGUGAACUCAAGGGGACCUUCUACCCGUUGACCGGAAUGAGCAAGGACGUGCAGCAGAAGCUCAUCGACGAUCACUUCCUGUUCAAGGAGGGCGAUCGCUUCCUGCAGGCCGCCAACGCUUGCCGCUUCUGGCCCACCGGUCGCGGUAUAUUCCACAACGACGCCAAGACCUUCUUGGUGUGGUGCAACGAGGAGGACCACCUUCGCAUCAUCUCCAUGCAGAUGGGUGGCGAUCUGGGAGCCGUCUUCAGACGAUUGGUAACCGCCGUCAACGACAUCGAAAAGAGACUUCCGUUCUCCCACAACGACAGGCUCGGUUUCCUGACCUUCUGCCCGACCAACUUGGGUACCACUGUCCGCGCUUCGGUCCAUAUCAAGGUGCCCAAGUUGGCUGCCAACAAGGCCAAGCUGGAGGAGGUCGCUGCCAAGUACAACUUGCAGGUGCGCGGUACUCGCGGUGAACACACCGAGGCCGAAGGCGGUGUCUACGACAUCUCCAACAAGAGACGCAUGGGUCUCACGGAGUUCGAUGCCGUUAAGGAGAUGUACGACGGCAUCCAAGAAAUCAUUAAGAUUGAAAAAGAAUUGUAAACGUUACAAACCCCUAUAUAUUACAUUCGUCACCAUUCGUGAUUUUAAAAAUAUAUAUGUAAGCGAUGGUAUAUAAAUAUAUAUGUACAUGUAUGUAUUUUACAUUAAGUAUCUCGUUUGCCAAAAGGUAUUAUCGCAGAUAAUUGCUUUCAAAAACGCUCUGUUUGUAAUUUUUAAGUUGUUGAGAUAAUGUCAAGUCUGAAACCCAGCUUCAUUCUAGUCGACAUUUUGUUUUCAAAUUUGAUUUUAUUUAUACAAAUGAUGUCAAACAUUGAACGAUGUUACUGUAUUAUUUAUAAUUUAUUUUUAUUGUAAUUCUGACAAAUAAAAGUAUUGUUUGGAAAACACCAUUUACUUGUUUCAUUCGACAAACACUUUGAAACUAUAAACCCCCAAA